GUGGGAGAGGUUGGCCGGUGGAGUGGAGCAGGCAUCCAACUAGCAGGAUUAGGUGAAGCAGAGUGACACAGGAGCAGGACCUUACAGUUGGGAGUCUCUCCAUGGACUGAACGGCCGGGAGCUCAGAGUGACCCUCUGCAACUGUGCUUUUUUUCCCCCCCUUGCAUCUCAAGCUGAGUCGCCACUAACGGAGGCAUAACUCUACACGCAGAUACACACAUUACACACUGAAGCUAUGGGGACAGUAAGUGAACUUUGCGUGUCCAGCCUUCAGACGUUCUUGUGUCCAGCUGUGAAGGCGCACCAAGAAGCUCCAGUGCCGGACGACCUCACCCCAGAGGAGCAGCAGGAGCUGGAGAAUAUCCGCCGGCGCAAGCAGGAGCUGCAGGAGGACAUUCAGCGGCUGAAGGAUGAGAUAGCAGAAGUGACAAGUGAGAUCGAGAACCUGGGUUCUACUGAGGAGAGGAAAAAUAUGCAGAGGAAUAAACAGGUGGCCAUGGGCCGAAAGAAAUUUAACAUGGACCCCAAAAAGGGGAUCCAGUUCCUGAUUGAGAAUGACUUGCUGAAAAAUACCAGUGAUGACAUUGCUCAGUUCCUCUACAAGGGUGAGGGCCUCAACAAAACCGCCAUUGGAGAUUACCUCGGAGAGAGAGACGAUUUCAAUAUCCAAGUCCUCCAUGCCUUUGUGGAGCUUCACGAGUUCACAGACCUCAACCUGGUGCAGGCCUUAAGACAGUUCCUGUGGAGUUUUCGGCUACCGGGAGAAGCUCAGAAGAUCGACCGCAUGAUGGAGGCCUUCGCUCAGCGCUACUGCCAGUGCAACCCUGGCGUUUUCCAGUCCACAGACACCUGUUACAUCCUGUCAUUUGCCAUCAUCAUGCUAAACACCAGCCUCCACAACCCGAAUGUGAAGGACAAGCCUACUGUGGAACGAUUCAUCUCCAUGAACAGAGGAAUCAACGAUGGAGGAGACCUACCUGAAGACUUGCUCAGGAAUCUGUAUGACAGCAUCAAGAAUGAGCCUUUCAAAAUCCCAGAAGAUGACGGCAACGACCUCACACACACUUUCUUCAACCCAGACAGAGAGGGCUGGCUGCUAAAACUGGGGGGACGAGUUAAAACCUGGAAGAGGAGGUGGUUCAUCCUCACAGACAACUGUCUGUACUACUUCGAGUACACCACGGACAAAGAGCCAAGAGGAAUCAUCCCACUGGAGAACCUGAGCAUCAAGGAGGUGGAGGAUAAGAAGCCUAACUGCUUUGAGCUUUUCAUUCCUGACAACAAGGACCAGGUGAUAAAAGCGUGCAAGACCGAGGCUGACGGACGCGUCGUGGAGGGCAACCACACGUUCUACCGUAUCUCCGCACCCACAGCUGAGGAAAAAGAUGAAUGGAUGAACAGCAUCAAAGCUGCUAUCAGCAGGGACCCCUUUUACGAGAUGCUGGCAGCCAGGAAGAAGAAGGUGUCGUCCAUGAAGAGGCAUUAGAGCUGCUCUGCGCUCCAGACGUUGCACUUGACAGAGCAGGGGGAGGGGAGGGGGGGGAGGGUCCUUGGUCUCUGCUUGCCCUAUCUGGGCCAGUGCAGAGGCCACGGUUGAGGUCUGCCUCAGACUUCUCCAAGGGAUUUCUCUAGGAUACAUACUAAGUCUGGCUUUGGGACUUCAGGCCAGAACAACAGGAAGCAUGCUGGGGUUUCUAGAUAAGAGUCAGGGCCAAAGCCUCCUCUAACCUCCUGUCUGAAUGUCUCUUUCUCUCUCAGCUUUGUGUGUGCUCUCUUUCUAUAAGGCUGAAUGGGAAUCUUGCUGUGUAUCUCAGCAAAAUCCCCUUUGAAGAAG